ACUGCUUCCUCGCCUUUGAUGACAUUCAAACGUCCAUCCUGUAAAGUGGCAGAACCUGGAAACUACCUUGCUGCCGGACGCAAGAUUAACAACACAGGCUGCGGAGGUCACCAGUAGUAUGCCGCAGCUUGUCCGUGGGCACCAGCCAGCGACGACGUGUGUGAGCUAAAAGAGAGCCUGGCCCCGGCGCACUGCAGCAACAAGAUGUGGUCACGGGUUUUCCUGCUGGCGCUGAUCCUGCAGGCGGCGGUUGCUUUCAAAGUGGACUGUCCGCGUCCGUGCAUCCUGAUCGACAAGUGUCCAGAUUUGAUCAAGUUAAUUCAGACGAACCCUGAAGUUGUGCAGGAGGCGACGUGUCAAUUCCAGGGCCAAUCGCCGCUGGUUUGCUGCCCUGCUUCAACUCACGAGCCUUUGGUAUCGAGCUCCUCCACCACCAGCACCACGACCAGCAAGCCGUCCGUCCCCAACCCGCUGCUGCCGAAGAGCUGUGGUCACUUCUCCCAGGAUGACAGAAUCCACGGGGGCAACGAGACUGCCAUCGGCACCUACCCGUGGAUGGCGGCCCUUGGCUUCAAGAAUUCCAUCACCAAAAAGCCUAAUUUCCUGUGCGGGGGUUCCGUGAUCAACGAGCGGUACAUCCUCACCGCGGCCCACUGCUUCAGAUACGAACUGGAGGUCGUCCGACUAGGAGAAUGGGAUCUGUCGACUGAUAUUGAUUGUGAGACAAGCCCAACAGGCUUCAAGUUCUGCGCCCCGGAGCCACCGCAGGACUUCCAGCAUGAGGAAAUCAUUAAACACUCCGAGUUCAGCAAACGAGGUCUUGUAUCUGACGACAUCGCUCUCAUCAGACUUGCAAGGCCUAUCACAUUCAAUCAGUGGAUCCAGCCCGUGUGUCUGCCGGACCGUGACAUGGAUGUGCCUGCAGCCCUGGGCGACCGGUGGCCCACCAUUACGGGCUGGGGCUUCACCGAGGAUGGGACCACCAGUGACCGACUCCUGCAAGUGUCGCUGCCGCUUGUGGAUAUGGCACCUUGCAACAAGACCUACGAAGGGAAACUGGUCGGCAAGCAGCUGUGCUUUGGAGGGACUGAAGGCCAAGACUCCUGCGGGGGUGACUCUGGGGGACCCUUGGUAAUGUCUGAGUUCAGUGCUCCGCCUUACACGCAAAUCGGGGUCGUGUCCUUCGGCCCCACUAGCUGCGGGCAGAAGGACGUGCCCGGAGUGUACGCGUCUGUGCCCAGUUACAGGGACUGGAUUGACGAGAACAUGAGGCCAUAACGUGGGAGGAAGGUAACGCAGCGUGUAGUGCUGACCGUAGCUGAGUCCGUAGUGUAGUCUAGAGAGGUUCCCGGAGUGAUUGUCGUAACUUUUAGUGUAGGAAUAAAUGAGACCAUUUUUAGGAGGUAAAGGGACAGCAUCAGUUGUAUAUUCCUUUCAAUGUGUGUGUGUGUGUGUGUGUGUGUGUGUGUGUGUGUGUGUGUGUGUGUGUGUGUGUGUGUGUGUGUGUGUGUGUGACAUUGUCCAUUGCAUCUUUGUGAGUCCAGAAUAUCGCGUGGCUUUGUACAAGUAAAGGAAGAAGAAUUUUAACAAGGUUAGCCGGAAAAGGUAAAGAAGGUUACACCUACUAAUGGACUACCCAGCUGUGGAGGUGUUAGAAGGUGCUGCUUGAUGGGCGAGGUGAGGUUAGGUGCUCUCAGGAUCACCCAGGGUCAACCUUUUUAUUGAUCCUGGCUGCUCUGAAGCACUGCUGUCACCUGUAGCUGCGAGUGACGUAUGCAUGGACUUCAGAGGGUAAUAAACCUGCUACGGUUGACAGCGUGUGUGUUGUAAUGCCUCAUUUGAUGUAUGGCUCUGUGUGUGGAUGUUAGGCAUCUCAGUCUGCAGGCCAUCUUUGUAAGUGGAUGUAGUUCUGUCAUGCUGUAAUUACAGUGUGUAGUGUGUGUUGAGUGAGGCACAGCAGCAAGCACGUACAGCCGGGAGCAGCGAUGGCUGUGGAAGGCUGUGCCGCCACUCAGCUCAGGCAGGUCCUGUGCCAGGACGCAGGGACUUACAAUGUGCUAUUUACUUAUGCUGGAGUUUGAUGUUAUGACACAUACCUUAUUUUUUUUUAUCAAUGUGCUAAUUUAUAUAUUACUGUUUUUAUUUCACCCUUCAGGACACUUCUGCUCAUUACUGAUAUAUGUAUUUGUGGAAACAUUCAUUGUUAGGCUUAAAUAAAAAUUCCUACUCUUUGCAUGACAUACCAGCACUUAUCAACAUUGAUUAUUAAAAAUAAAACGAGGAUCACGAUGAA